AUGGAAGGAAAGAAGAAAGAGGAGAAACCAGAAGAGCAACUUACGGAUCCUGAAUCAGCUUUCCUAGAAGCCUUACUAGAAUUUCAAAUUGAGACAAAAGAAGCAGCAAUUGAUCGGGUUUUGUUUGAUCUGAAACAAGUGGAACAGAAGAACAAAGAAUGUCAUAAAAGAAAUGACCUUCUGAAGGAAGAACAGCAGGCACGCAUCAGGCAGAUACUAAGACAAAUAGAAGAAGAGGAGAAAGAACAAGAUAAAAAGGAGGUUGUAACUAGGGAUGAUGUGGAAGAGUCACUGAAAGCAAUAUGGCAAUAUGUUAAGGACAAAGAACAACUUCUGAAAGAUCUGCACUCCCAGAUCGAAGGAACUGAGCAAAGACUUUCAGUAAAGCAGAGUGAGAGGGAUUAUUGGUUAGAGUACAAAAAUGUGGGAAGUAAAGCACAGGCCAACAGGAUUAUGAAUCUGGAAAAAGAGAUCAAGGAAGUCAAAGAUGACCUUCAAACGGCUACAGAAUAUUACAGAAAUGCUUUGGAAGCAUUGAAAGAAGAAAAUGACAGACUGGUUGAGAGGCAUAUGGAGUUAAGUAAGGAACAGGCCCCUGAGAAAGCUGUAAGAUACUUAGACAAAAGCAGUCGCAGAGAAAUUCAAGAGAAUGAAUGGCUAAAAGAAGAGGUAAGAGGACCACUUGCAUACAGUUUAUCAUGGCAGUUCAGGUUUGAAAUACAAUGGCCUACAGACAUAACUGUUUCCAAUGAUGGGCAUCUGAAGACUUUCAUAGGAAAAGGAGAGUGA